AGAGCGAUAAUGCAUAUGAUUCAUGUUCAUACAGUCCAAGGUCGACGUCUUCUAGCUCGGCUCAACCUUCCGCGGCUGAUAAUCGUGACGAUGAUGGGCUCGCUAAUACUUCCACUUCGGACCUUGUAAGCAACCUACGCGUAGCGGUUGCUACCUACGGAGUACAGCUCUAGAUUAAUUACCCAGCCUGAAGCCAGACAGCAUACUCAACUUGGCGCUCUUAUACCAAAACCUUCCUAUCAUAAAUCAUAACGAGAGUGUUUACUUCAAUCGUCCAGGAUGACUUCAAUAGGUACUGGUUACGAUCUGUCAAAUUCCGUCUUUUCGCCCGAUGGCAGAAACUUCCAGGUCGAAUACGCAGUCAAGGCGGUAGAGAAUGGUGGCACGGCGGUCGGUAUUCGUUGCAAGGACGGCGUUGUACUUGCCAUCGAGAAGAUCAUUACAAGCAAGCUUCUGAAGGUCGGAGCGAACAAGCGCAUCUCAACAGUUGACCGUCACGUUGGUGUCGUAUCAUCAGGACUCGUCCCUGAUGGACGGCAUUUUGUUGCCCGUGCCCGUGAUGAGGCAUCCUCAUGGAGAAAGUUUUACAAGGCGCCCAUCUCAACGGCCAUGCUGUCCAACCGUUUGGGCGCAUAUGUCCAGGCUUAUACCCUUUACUCUAGCGUUCGGCCAUUCGGUGUUACUUCAAUCAUUGGCGGAUGGGACUCUGAGGCGGAUAUUCCUGUCGAUGGACAAGUAGGAAAUGGCCCUCAAGUUGGCGCCGGCGGCAAAGUUACGGAUGUGAAGAAGGGUGGUCCCGCACUAUACAUGAUUGAGCCGAGUGGACAGUACUGGGGCUAUUAUGGAGCGGCCACUGGCAAAGGUCGGCAAGCGGCCAAGGCUGAACUCGAGAAGCUCGACCUUUCCCCCACGGGUAUCUCGUUAGAAGAGGGCGUCAAGGAAGCUGCACGCAUAAUUUACGUCGCACACGAAGACAGCAAAGACAAGGAGUUUGAACUUGAGAUGACCUGGAUCAGCUCAUUAGACGGACCUACCAAGGGCAGACACCAGGAGGUUCCUAAGGAACUGCGCGAAGAGGCCGAGCGGUUGGCAAAGAAGUCGCUCGAGGGAGAUGACGAUGACGAGGAGGAAGAAAAGACGGGCGAGGAAAAGAUGGAAGAGUAAUGCUUCGGGCGCCUUCUUGUUCAGAUUCAUUGACGACGAUGGCGGCGCAAUACCGAUAGAAUGUGUAAUUGUAUUAGUUUGCAGGCAUUGAGCGUGACAGAUCUUUGCUCAUAUGAUAAUUGAUGAUAUUUGGAAAAUUUUAUAUCGGACCGACCAUUUCGGGGCUAUCGUACGCCUUAGGCUGUUAUUGUUGUAUUUUAUUGCCCGUGAGCCUCGCUUUGGUCACCGGCCUGUUUCAGGACCGCUGUGGGUGGCCAGCAUUGAUCGUGGAUAUAUUGUAGGCUUAAUUUCCCUUUGCCUAAUUCGCCUUCUUGAUAUAUUGCCUCUGCUGCAAUCUGACUCAACACAAGAAAUCGUCGUAUCUAUUGAUUAUCUCGCACAUUGUGUAUCGCUGUUGAUGCUUAAUACUUCCCUGCAUCAUCCAGCUACACAAACGUUCGACUAGUCUACUGUAGCGCAAACAAUUUCAAGGAC